UGUUAUCCUAUGUGUCCAUCCCCGGCAUGUUAUCCUAUGUAUCCAUCCCCGGCAUGUUAUCCUAUGUGUCCAUCCCCGGCAUGUUAUCCUAUGUAUCCAUCCCCGGCAUGUUAUCCUAUGUGUCCAUCCCCGGCAUGUUAUCCUAUGUGUCCAUCCCCGGCAUGUUAUCCUAUGUAUCCAUCCCCGGCAUGUUAUCCUAUGUGUCCAUCCCCCCGGCAUGUUAUCCUAUGUGUGUCCAUCCCCGGCAUGUUCUCCUAUGUAUCCAUCCCCGGCAUGUUAUCCUAUGUGUCCAUCCCCGGCAUG